UGUCACACGGCCCAGCCGACAGAGACUCAUCCUGCUCAGAGAGACGAGUGACAUCAGGCCUAAACAGACUCACCGCUGCAGCUUAAACAGUUAGUCCAACCUCAAGCCAAGAUCAAGAUGCCCACCACCACCAGAAUCAUCUCUGACACCCGGAAGACAGACAAAGCUAAAAAAAUCAAAGGUGGAAACGCACCCACAGAGAAGAUCCCAGUGUACGAGCCAAACAUCCCUGAACCCAAAUGCAGAGCUGAUCUCAUCAAACACUGGAUUACUUUGUCUUUUGAUGACAAGACAGCCAAUAAGAUGCUAUGGAUCACAGAUGGUGGUGCUAAAGUGGCUCGUAUGACUGAUGAUGUCACUUGUCCUGUCUUGGACAGACCAGAGAGAUAUGAGUAUUCUCCACAGGUUCUCUGCAAAGAAGGCAUCCUGGGCUUCCGAGGCUACUGGGAAGUGGAGUUUUCUGGAUGGGUCGUGGUCGGAGUCGCCUUGGAGCGAGCUGGCAGGAGGAACAGCCACGGAUCCUGUGGCCUGGGAGAGAACGAGGAGUCCUGGGGUCUCGGAUGGAGCGGAUCCACUUAUCAUGCCUGGCACAACGGCCGCUCCACUGAGAUCAUGGAGAAUAACAAGUCCUCAAUAAUAGGUGUUUAUCUUGACCAGCCUGCUGGUGUCCUUAAUUUCUAUUCUGUGGAGGUGAAAGAGGGAGAGGAAGGCACAGCAGGAAAGGAGGUGAAACUUUUGCAGCAGAUUAAGAGCUCCUUUAAGGAGAAAUUGUUGCCAGGUUUCUGGGUGGGAACACAGUCUCACUGUCUGCUCACCAAGAAGGAGGAAUAGAUUGUAUUAGCAUUUUAAAAUCAUAUCUUAUAGUCAGUAGCUACCAACAUGGCAGCUUUAAACACAAAAUGACUGGACACAACAACUCAGUCAUUUAACAUUUGUCGUCCAUACAACUGGAACUUUUACUAACGUAGCGUAGAUUUGCACUAAAUCCUAAGCAUAUGGCAUUAGAAUUUAAACAUAUAUGCACAUAUAAUAUAUAUUUCUUUAUAUAUAUUCUUUAUAUACAGUAUAACUGAGGCAGACAUACAGUAAAUGGUUUUGUACAUUUCAAUAAAGGGAACAAAGUUCAGUCAGGUAGGGAAUCAGUCAGGAUUUAUCUUCAACUGUCCACUCUUUCCUUAAAACCACUGGACCACUCAAAGUUUAUACUGAUAUAUUUCUUUGUAUUUUUAUUCUUUCAUUGUUGUUGUAUGUAUAUGGUGCGCUAGUUUGUUACAAGUGUAUGUAGAAUAUUAAAUAUGCAGAAAUUUAAAUAAAUAAUAAAACACCGAGUAAGACA